AUGGUUACAUCAAACGUUCAGACGACAACAUUGGGAGAAACAACUCAAGCACCAAGUUCCCUAUUGUGUAAUAUCACUACUGCUUCCUUACCAUCAAAUAAUUGGACGCUAUUUACAACUACUUAUCGAGGUACACAUGCAGGCAAUACAUCACUCAUGUUUUAUUUCGUAGCAAGUUCAUACUACAACUGGUAUUUCGAUGAUGCAUCGGUUAAGGAUUCAGUAGGAAAUGAAAAAUUAAUCAAUGGAAAUUUCGACAAUUCGACAACAUUAGUUGGUUGGACAAACGGAUACAUUGGAGUAUGCUCAUAUAACUACGGAGUGACUACGAGUAAUUAUUACUCAUCAAAUAAGUCGUAUUACGAUUCUUGUAUAUUGGGAAUAAUCUGGAUUUCUCAGAAUUUCAUUGGUUCUGUAGGAGAACUGUAUAAUGUUAGUUCCGACUUUACCUAA